AUGUCGCCUAUGUGUGCGGACCCAAACUAUCGGUCAGCGGUGAUCAACACCAACGUGAUAGUGAAACACACGGGAGAAGUCACGUGGCUGAGCCAUGGGAUCUAUGUGUCUGUGUGUGACAUCAACGUCGAGCAGUUCCCGUUCGAUGUCCAGCUGUGCACCAUGAAGUGGGCGUCUUGGACGUAUGAUGGAUUUCAGUUGGAUUUGAAGAAGCAAUUUGACGAAGGGGACACAACGAAUUACCAGACGAACGGGGAGUUCGACCUAGUGAGCUUUGAGGCCAUUCGCCAUGACCAAUAUUACUCCUGCUGUGUGGAACCCUACCCUGACAUCACAUACAUCAUCAAAUUGAGGAGAAGACCCAUGUUCUAUGUCUUCAACCUUAUUCUUCCCUGUCUCCUCAUCAAUGGUAUUGCACUUCUAGUGUUUUACGUGCCGUCGGAGUCAGGUGAAAAAGUGACCCUGGGCAUAAGUGCACUUCUGUCUAUGACCGUCUUCUUGAUGACUAUAAGGGACACGUUGCCGCCUACAGAGAAAACCCCACUUAUUAGUUUGUAUUAUGGAGUUAGUACGUGUUUAGUGUCAUUCUCGGCUUCUCUAUCAGUUGUCACGCUCAAUAUAUCUUACAGAGGAGUGAGAGGGCAGCCGGUGCCGGCGGUGCUGCGCGAGCUGGUGCUGCAGCGCCUCGCGCGCCUGCUCUUCAUCAACCUUGACACUGACGGUGCAAAGGGUGACGCCGGCACGGUGACAUCAGCUGGGAUGCAGGUGAACCCGCGCACAGGCUCCAGGCUCAAGGCGGAGGUGCGCUGCGAUGGAGCCCCACUCACACCUGCCUCACCACGCUUCGCUCGCCACAACCACAACCAUUUAGGUGGGACACAAGCCAAUAUGGCGUCUGUGCCAGGAGGUGGCGCGGGUGGCGGUGCAGCGAACACGCCAGUAGAGACGGGCUGCGCAAACACAUGUUCACGGUGCGCGUGUUGCGGUUGCACGUUGCGCGAAGCUGCGGCCCGCCACGAACAGCGAGUCGCCGCCAACGAACGAUUGGAACGUGCUAAUUUGGAGUGGAAACAGGUGGCAGUGGUAGCGGACCGGGCACUCCUAGCUGUCUUCGUGCUCGUCACAGCAAUAUCCACAGCGGCCAUCUUGUUACCACAGUUGAACAACUUGCACGUCGGCAACACGCCUCUUAAACCUCCCAUUUAGAGGCACUACAGAACCCUAGAAUAAAUGGAAACAAAGUCUUCUGCCAACGAAUGUGUUAAAUGAAAUGUGCCAAACUUCAAUUGAGUCACGCACUGUUGUAGAUGAUAAAAUGUAAGUGAUUUAUAAAAGGUUUAUACCACACUGGUAUGAGGCCAAAGGAAAUAAGUACACAUUGGUAAGAAAAUAAGGUUUAUUUUUUCAUUUGCUUGCUGAUGUGGAAGAGAGUGUCAUGGAAGAAUGUGAGUGGUAAAUUAAGCGAUGUUGAUAUCCUUGAUGUUAUAGGCGAUUGAUUGUCUUAGAGCUCAGUAAAUACUUUACUCGAUAUCUGUUACUAUUUCGUUUGAAGCUUUAGGAAGGAAAUUACAUAAGGGAUAAUAUUUCCGUACAGAAACGACUCUUAUUGUUCCAAUUUUAUUGUUGCUAAGAAUAAAAUUAGUUCAUUUUACAUACUUACUUUGAGCAUAAUUUUCAGUACAUUCAAUGAUGAAAACAUAUGUGUUUUUAAAACAAUUAUUGUUUUAGAAUAAUUCAGAAAAGUCACUAAAGAUCUAUAAUGAGGAGAAAUUAAGACAACUGUUAGUGUAGUAUCGGUAAUUCUGAAUGGAAAUUACUAAGGUUUAAUUACAGUCAGUAAAAUAAUUUGGUCAGCACUGCAUGGGUACGUAUUGCUGUAGUAAACUGUAAGCUUUAAUGUUAAUUUACUUCCUAUGUGAACUGCUGUGAACUAAAGGGAUUUUUGACUAUCUAUAUUUUUAAACUCAUAUUUCCAUUAGUUGCGGGAUCUUGUUGUUUCUUAUACCUUGAAGAAAACUAUUAAGAGAUAGAGGUAAGGCUAAGUAAAGGGUUCAA